UAAGAAACAACAACUAAAUUCCUAACCCAUGAGAAAUCAAGUUUUCAUGAUUUAAAUGAAUUAUGUGAAAUAAGGAAGGCAAGGUUUAUAUCUUCUCAGAAUCCUGGAGUCUUUCUUACAGCUGAGAUAACUUUCUGCCCGUUGUUUUUCCGAAGGGAGCAAGUUUUUCUAUUUGUUUUUCCUUAGCAAGCAUACAUCGUGUACUUUGGGGUUGAAUUUGGAAUUUUUUUUUUUUUUUUUUGGAAACUAGAUGACUAUUGUCUUACAUAAUCCAGAUUGAAUAAAUACAAUUAUUAAUUUAACAUAAACCUGGGAUUUUCCAACUUCUCACCCACAAAGCGAGUAUAGACAUCCCUGGAGUUGCAGCCCCGUCAGAAUGCACGGCGACCGGCAUCACGCUGAGGAUAUUGAACAAAGUCCAGUAGAGCUGUUGCCCAGAAAUCCAUACUGUUCGAAUGAAGGAACCCACUGUGGUUGUAGAUUGCCCACGGGGACCCUCCAGCCGCAGUGGGUUACAGCAAAACCAUGGUCACUCUGGAAAACAUUUCUGGUGUGUCUCCUGGCCUGUCUAAUUGCCACAACACUUGUGGUUCUGGUCUUAUAUUUUGUCCACUUCAGCAAGCCCGUCAACGGUACAACCAUCAUCAUUCACGCAGAUGGAAAGUCAAAUCGUGUCACCUGCCUCCCUGGUUCUACCCCAUCUCCUGCCUUAUCAACCCUGCCUGGAUCUCCUACCCCUUUGCCCAACCAAAGCUCCCCUGCCAAGGUGUCUCCAUCCCCCAUGGAGACCACUAAAACAACACUGGAGCAUGAAAUCAUCAUUGAAGACAAACAAUGACAUUUUUGAGCCCUCAGCAUUCCUCCAGCGAGAUCAGCACCCUCCCCCUGGAGGACGCAUGUCCAGGGGUCCUCUCUUCCCUGCCAAGAGGUGACAAAGCAUUUGGUUUCAUGAGAGCUUGCCCUUUUUGCUCCAAUCAUUGGCUGAAUUCCCAUAUCACAAUGACUCAGUCUUAGGCCCUCCCAUGUUCAAAUGAUUGCAAAAAGAUUUUUUUUUUCCAACUGAGCCAGAUUCAUUUAGGCUGGGGCCCAGAACUUCCUUUUUAAUCCCUCUUAUACAACCAACUUUAUUCUUCACAAAUGGUUUCCACUGAGGAAGAGGAUCCCACUUCACUUUGUUCCCUGCCUGUUGGCUCCUAAGCCAGUGUUUACCAUCUAGCUAUUGCUUCUUUUGUAAUCUCAUAUACUUCACUAUAUCCAGCAUUUGUAUUCCAGUGGGAAGAAGGAAAUGUUCAAUUAAAGUACUUAACAAGCGGGUGGGAGGUUGGGGGAACCAGGUGGUGGGUAUUGGAGAGGGCAUGGAUUGCA